CUAUAUAAACGGAUUAAACAAGCAUUGAAUCAUGUGCUUCUAAGUAUUCUUACAACUAAUCCUUCUUGUAGUUUGUAUAACAGAGAGAAGAAUCAGUUUCCUGCCAUUCGAUCGAGUGCAAAAAUGAGUCACUUAGCUUUUGCGUUUGGCAUCUUAGGAAGUAUUGUUUCAUUCAUGGUUUACCUCUCACCAGUGCCAACAUUUUAUCGAAUUUACCAGAAAAAAUCAACUGAAGGGUUUCAAUCCGUUCCUUAUGUGGUUGGCUUGUUCAGUUCAGUUCUUUGGAUAUACUACGCAUUUCUCAAGCCAAAUACAACUCUUCUUAUUAUAAUAAAUUCAGUUGGUUGUUUCAUUCAAGCCAUAUAUAUUUGUUUCUACCUCUUUUACGCGGCGAGAAAUGAUCGGAUGCAAACUGUGAAGUUGGUCCUUCUGCUAAAUGUCAUUGGCUUUGGACUGAUUGUUCUGUUAACUCAUUUUCUGACAAAAGGCACACAGCGUGCCCAAAUUGUUGGAUGGAUUUGCCUCGUCUUUUCUCUAUUAGUAUUUGUUGCACCUUUGGGCAUUUUGAGAAAAGUUAUUCGAACCAAAAGUGUCGAAUACAUGCCAGUUCUUCUAUCAUUCUUCCUCACUUUAAGUGCUAUUAUGUGGUUCUUCUAUGGCUUACUAAGCAAGGAUUAUAACAUUGCUAUUCCAAAUAUACUGGGGUUCAGCUUCGGUAUAGUUCAAAUGGUGCUGUAUGUAAUAUACAAAAAUGCAAAGAAAAAAGUCGUUGAGGAAAAGCUUCCUGAAGUGAAAAACGAAAUCAUUGCAUUGGGAGAUCUCAAGCAUCCUGAACCAAAUGAUCAGAUUAUUGAUGUUGUGAAGCUUAGUGCAAUGAUGUGCUCAGAAAUAAUAGCUAAGGUUCCUCAGCUCAACAACAAUAUUCUCUCGAAUACGGAGGAAAAUGAUAAAGCCACCACAAAGAGCUAGAAAAUUGUGGUCUGAUCUCAUCAUCGUCAUGCUAAUUAUGAAUAAUUAAGUCCUUAUUUGUCAAAUUUAAUUUCUGUUGUGACAUUUUAUAUAUUUUCACUAAGUGUAAUGUAGUAUUAAUCUAGUAAUCAAGUUAUUCAAUGAUUGGUAUUUCACUCUCUUUCCCUCUAUAUAUAAGAACGCAUGCAUAUUUAUGCAAA